AUGGGAUGGGUGGUGGAGCAUGAGGGUCAUCAACUGAUACUGGGUAGGAAAAAAUAACAGGUUGGCAAGAAAAUAAGACUGCGAAAACAAGAGUGGUACUGUACAUUUUCUAAAAUUAAAUUGGGUAACAGAAAAUGUAAAGGCAGAGAAAAUAAUAAAAUACUUUAUCGGCAAAUGCGCGCAAAACCUGUUACUGUAAUAUAAAUAAUUUCUGACUUGCCCUGGAAAAAUAUAUCGUUCUAAGAUCAUUCCUACUAGUUCCUUGCUUGAUAACAACCUCGAAAUUCGACAAGGUUAUCUUCAUCUAAUUCGAUUACUGGGGGCUCUUCUGUUCUCGAGUUGUCAAGGAUAAAAUAAAUUUUUUUUAUCAAAACUGAUAAAUUUAUGAGGCCUACAGUAACCCAAAAUGGUUGUUCUGCUGUUCUAGUAUGGUCUAUUUUAUAUUACUUUAGACUAUGAUUACUUACAAAAUCUCCAAAAAACCUGAACCCUCCUCUCUCCGAACUCGGAUUCGUUUUUUGGUAUUAGCGAAAUCAGAGUGAACUUGAGUGAAGAUAACCACGCUAUGCCGUAAAGUCGAACGGAACGUUGGCGUUUUUACAAUUGGGUGAUGUCUUUAAUGGAUGCAUAAAAGUAAUGCGGUCAAUGUAAGAUUACUCUCUCUCAUAUGCAAGGGUCAUCUUCUGAAUAGGGCUAAUUCAUCAAAAAUUUGUAGGACCCUACUGUUUUAUGCCCUCCGGGGGGUGCACUCGGCCUGAUGAGUACAUAAAAAAUGGAGUCGAAGCGAAUAAAAAUACCUAAGAUAAUGUUUUGGAUGGUCUCCAGACGUCGGGUCACGCCAGACGUCGAGAAUCCGAAAUGACCAGUCAGCUGAACAGAUCUAAUAAUAUGAAAACAGAAUUAGAACGGCCAGAAAUAUCGGAACGCGGCCUUUACUGUAAUAAACCCGCCAGAAAUUAUCAAUAGAUUGGUGAUAAGGCCUGAUUAAAGCCGAGAGCAAAGCGAAUCGAUAGCCGAACAGGUGAUAUUGCCAAGAUUUGGGCUUCCGCAUGAUUUCCCAUUAAUUACUGGCGCUCAUUAAAGCGUCUAUUAGGCCAAAGGUUCUUCUGAAUUAUGGCCGGAUUGGACGUGGAAUUGGAGAUUUAUGGGCAUCCAAGGGCUUUGUUCUUGUACUUGUUCUGUUCUGAGAGGAAUUUCAUCGGGAUUUGAAUUGUUUUGACGAAUUAACUCGUAAAUACUGUAUUUAUGUCACAAUUUUUAGCCAUUGAAACAAUUUUCAUUUUCAAUAACUAUUAUAAUAAAUUCAUAAUUAAACACACGUCUCCGAAAUCAAAAGAGACUCUAAAUCAAGGUUUAGUCAGCUUGAUUUGUCAAUUAUAAUUUAAUUUUUGUGCUCCAUACACUUUUUAUAUGUUCCAAUAGGCCUUUCAUGUGUUUCCAAAAACUUUUUUAUAAAAAGUCACGAUGGAUUAACCUUACUAGUAUACUUGGAGCUCCAAACCGACGUUUUUUUGUAUUUCCAUGAAGUCUGAAUCAUGCUUUCGGGAACAAAAAUGAUCUGUCAAGGGGAAGUUCGAUCGAGCGAGAGGUGAAAGAGAUCAAAAAAAACUUUUAAAAUGUUUACUCUUUCAAGCAUUCUUGGCUCAAAUCGUAUCUGUAAAUAGCGAUCUUAUCCCUUUCUUUCUAUUUUAUUCAAUCCAAUUGGCCUUUCUCAGGAGAUGAAGGUUAUUUUUGUAUUUCUUUUUACAGUCUGCAUUAUAAAUUCACAAAAGCUCCGGUUUGUGCAGACAAUCUGGAGACAUGGAGAUCGAGCGCCCAGUAAAUUACCGUAUCCUCGGGACAAAUAUGAUGAGAAAUCUUGGCCCAGAGGAUGGAGUAUGCUGACCAAUGUAAGAGAACUAAAUUAAUCUCCAAUUUCCUUUCAAAACUGUGGUAAUGAUCUUUCAUAUAGAUGGGAAUGCGUCAAAUGUACGAGCUCGGCACCUUCUACAAGAUAAGAUAUAAGAACUCCGGAUUUGUUGGUCGGGAGUAUAAUGCCAAAGAGGUUUAUAUUCAGUCCAGUGAAUCGGACAGAGCUCUCCAGAGUGCACAGGCCAUGUUGAGUGGAUUUUACCCUCCGGCGGAGUCAGAUCUCUUUCUUCGAUCCAUUUUUUGGCAACCAAUACCUAUCCAUGGAAGUCCAAAAGUGGGAAAAGACAUGGUGCGUGUCUACUUGAUACUUGUACUGAUCUCCCGCAAUAAUAAAAAAAGUUUAAAGCAUCUUAUUAUUAUUUUCAGAUGUUAAAACCCACCUCAUUCGACUGUCCCGCUUAUGAUGACGAAUAUGAUCUGGUCAAGGAGAAAAUCGAUACGAUGUUGAUGCAAAAGUAUCAAGACGUGGUUGAGUUUCUGCAAGAAUCAACCGGAUAUGGCGAGAAUAUCACACUGAGAGACGUAAAGCACCACUUCCAAGUACAAAUUAUAUUACUUUAUCUUUCAGGUCAUAUCUACAGCUGACAUUCAAUUAGAACUUCUCCACAAACUAAAUGAUCAGCCCUUAUGGAUAGCCAAGAAGUGGCCUCAGUAUUCGAAUAACAGCACCUUGGAUGUUAUCCUCGAGAUUAAGAGAAUUCAAAGGCUUUCUCAAUUUACUGAACCUAAGUUAGCUAAACUAAGAGGUGGAUAUUUAUUGGGGGAUUGGAUAAAGCGAUUGGAGAACAUACAGAAUGGCACAGAAUCCAGGAAACUGGUGAUGUAUUCAGCUGUAAGGUCAUAAGUAUUCGAUUGACAUUGCUUUUAGCAUGACGGAACAUUACUGGCUUUAAUGGGGACAAUGGGAGUUUUGGAUGGGGACAUGAUCCCUUAUGCAAGUGCUCUGAUUUUGGAGGUUACAGAAGACGAUAGAGGAAAGUACUAUGUGCAGGUAGGCGCAAUAUGUAAUCUUUAUAGGACCUCUUUAGAUGUACUACCGUAAGACCGGCUACGGUAGCAUAAAAACGCAGAAAAACGAACCAAAUUUAAUAAAAUUAAAAUUUUCCUGCGGCGAUAAAUGUCUACUCAAUGAUUUUAUCGACGAAAUGAGACCUAAGGCCAUUUUGAACAAGGUCGACAUGUAUCAGGUGAGCAGAUAUCUCUUUAGCGUUACUGUAACUUCUUUAGGAAUGUGGUCUUGAAUAUUGCCUGAGGGAAAUGGAAGGUCUCCCUUAUUGCUCCAGCCUCUCAACAGCUCUAAAGUCAUCCUUACUUUUAAUUCUGACAACUACGACACUUCUUUUAGUCUUAAAUAAGCUAUUUUGA